CCAUUUUCCCAGAAUCUUUAAUCCUUUUUGUUCUUGUUUUGAAUAUUGAGGAUUGAGCAAAAGGGGUUAUUCUGUACAAUCAAGUUUGAUUUUUGGCCUUUUGAAAUCCAAGCCAAAAAAGAAUAAAAAAAGUUUGAAUUUUGAAUCAUGGGUCAUGCUGAAGUUGGGAAAAUGCUAAAAAAGAUUGACCCAGAUUGGGAGCAAGCAUUUAAUCAGUUUGAAAGUGUUGUGUCCUCUGGAACUGAGGCUCUGCGUUUAGAAGCCAUAACAAAGCUAACCCAUUUCUCCAAAAGGGCUCCACAAAAUGUUUUGGUUAGCACCAUACCAAUCCUUGCAAGGCUUCUUGAGGAUAAUACAAGGUCCAUUCAAGAAGCCACUGCUUAUUGUUUAUAUAAAAUAGCUUGCCUUGGUGAGGGUGAAUUAGCUUCAAGGAUAGGCCAAUCUGGCGCUAUAUCAUCUUUACUAAGGUUACUGCCACAUUCCGACGAUAGUUUUCGGAGAGUCCUAAUAAAAUGUCUGUGGAGUUUUGUGAGUUUCGGGGAUGAUAACCGUGUGAUUGUAGCGAGAAAUGGUGGAUUGGAAGUCAUAAUUCGUUUGUUGAGCUCGAGCGCGGAUGAUAAUAGGCGGUACUUGUUUGAGAUCCUGAGUGCGUUGGCAUUGUUGAGAGAGGUUAGGAGGAUCCUGCCUAGUCUGCGUGGCCUUCGCCUUCUUGUUGAAGCUGCUGGUUCCGGUAGUAUGGUUUCUAGGGAGAGAGCUUGUCAAGCAAUUGGAUUGCUUGGAGUGACGAGGCGUGCGAGGCACGUGCUUGUUCAGUUAGGCGCAAUUCCUGUGCUUGUUGAGUUGUUCCGUGAUGGGGAUAUGAGAACAAAGCUUGUGGCGGGCAAUUCACUUGGGGUGAUCUCAGCUCAUCUUGAUUACAUUAGACCAGUGGCUGAAGCGGGGGCAAUCCCUUUGUAUGCCGAGCUACUACAAGGGCCUGAACCUUCUGGUAAGGAGAUUGCAGAAGACGCGUUUUGUAUAUUAGCGGUUGCAGAGGAUAAUGCAGUUAUGAUUGCUCAACACUUGGUUAGAAUUCUCAGGGAAGGUGAUGAUGAGGCAAAGGCUGCAGCCGCCAAUGUUCUGUGGGAUCUCUCGGGUUACAGACACUCUGUCUGCAUAUUGCGUGUCUCUGGUGCUAUUCCUAUUCUAGUCAACCUUCUGAGAGAUGGGAAUGAGGCAGUUAAGGAAAAGGUUUCUGGGGCUAUAGCUCAGUUGAGCUAUGAGGACCAGAAUCGAGUGGCACUUGCCGAUGCUGGGGCGAUCCCGGUUCUCAUCGAGUUGUUGCACGACGAGUCUGAAGAGUUGAGUGACAAUGCUGCUGAGGCGCUUAUAAAUUUUUCAGAAGACCCGUCGCAGCAUGAUAUAAUAUCAGAGGCAAUGGAAAUUCCUUCUUUCCGGAACAUGCUAAAUAGGUUGAUUCAGAUCCGUGUUUCGGAUGAACAUAUGGCUAGAUCCAUGAGACGGAUCAGCAUCCAGCAGCUCAGCUGGAAUCCAGACCUUGUAUGAAUGUUCGGAUGUUACUUAUUCCUCAGUAAGGAGAGGUUUGAUACAGUCUGGAGAAUCUUAGACAAACAUUUUCAUUAAUGGCAUUAGCAAUCUUAGCCAAGUCAUGUGCUGCCUCGUCACCCAAACAAGGGAUUGAAAGAGCGGCCCUUCUGCUCCGCCGCCGCCGAGAGACCGUUGAAAAACUCUAUGUUGGGCAAGUUGAAGCUUCAUGUUCAAAUUUGACUCCUCUAUUAAUAAGUUUUUUCUUGCAUAAUGCUUUGACAUUUUCAAGGGCUAAAAUAACAAUAUUUUUUAAUGGGCUAAAAUAACAGUUCAAACAAAAAGGGAAAAACACUAGUAGAAAUUGGCAUGAA